AAUAAGGAGUCACCAUAUACCGGAUUAGGCUUCCUAAAUGGGGGAUUACAGUUUCGGAGUCCUGGUUAAAAACAACGCGUCUAACAAAGCCGUUUUCCCGGUCAGAAUCCACCCGCACCUGCAACAUCCAGUCCACCAACCUUCAAGCCCACCUGCUUUUAUAAACAGUAACACUCCAAGCAGCGGUGGAAAUGCAGGCUCUGCUUGGCUGUUCCCUGCUGUAUCAGCCCACACUGGUACGCAAGAUGAAAUACUGGAGUCUGACAAAGCCAAGGCCCAACAACAGCAACACCAAGAAGACCAAGAAGGACAGGAAAAGCGCCCUCGUACUCCUCAGGGCCACCAAGAAACGGUGAGCAUCAUGUCUGAGCUGGAAAGCGCCAUGCCGGAGGAAGGUCAGCUGGACAAGGGGGCUGUAGAAAAUGGCAAUGGAAAAGAAGUCCUUCGAAUGGAAUCUCCUGUAUUAUCAGGUUUUGACUACCAAGAACCAGCUGGUAUUGGGACUUUGGCACAAUCCAGUAGCUCCUCUUUGCCCAGCUUCAGCAGCUGGUCCACGGCUAUUCCCGCAAACCCUUCUGCCAUGAUGGAAGAAGUGGGUUUCUUUAGCCAGAACGCCACCACUGCUAAUGCAGCCCCUCCAUUGAUGUUCCAAAACUUCUCUCAUCAUGCAAGUCCUGGGUUUGGGGGCAGUUUUUCCCAUCAGAUCGGCCCACUGUCCCAGCACCACCCGCCUCCUCCCCAUUUCCAGCACCCCCACAAUCAACACCAGCAGAAUCGCAGGUCCCCCGCCAGCCCGCACCCUCCUCCCUUUAACCACCGCAAUGCUGCGUUUAGCCAGCUCUCUCAUUUGGGGAAUAACCUAAAUAAACCACCAUCGCCAUGGGGAAAUUAUCAGAGCCAGUCCUCUACUCUUUCCUCCAGCUCAUGGAGUCCAGGUGGAGGUUAUGGAGGAUGGGGAGGCUCUCAGGGGCGAGAAUACAGACGAGGCCUGAAUGGAGGUAUGACCGCAAUUAACUCCAUUUCGCCACUAAAGAAAUCUUUCCCAAACAACCAGGCAUCUUCACAGAAGUACGCCCGCAACAGCUCAAGCUUCAACCCCAAGCCAUGGAUGGAGGAUAGCAUAAACCGGAAUGACAGCUUCUUUCCUUUCCAGCAGGAGCGCAGUCGGUCCUUUGAUGGCUUCAGCAUGCACUCAUUGGAGAACUCACUGAUUGAUAUUAUGAGAGCUGAGCAGGAUUCUUUGAAAGGUCGCUUUGGCUUUUCCCAUCCACCUGAGGAAGGCUCUCUCACUGGGAAUGCAAGAAAUUAUGGAAGACGACGAGGUCCUUCGUCCCUCUUCCCAAUGGAUGACGAGCGCAGUUUCGGGGAUGAUGAGAGGUCUGAGCAGGGUCUCGGUGGUCUGGGUUCCCCGCACUGCUUUCCUCAUCAGAAUGGCGAGCGUAUUGAGCGUUACUCUCGCAAAGUGUUCGUCGGUGGUCUACCUCCUGAUAUAGAUGAAGAUGAAAUCACUGCUAGUUUCCGUCGUUUUGGACACUUGUUUGUGGAUUGGCCCCACAAAGCAGAAAGCAAGUCCUACUUUCCACCCAAAGGUUAUGCAUUUCUGCUGUUUCAAGAGGAGAGCUCAGUCCAGGCACUGAUAGACGCUUGCAUGGAGGAGGAAGGGAAGCUCUACCUGUGUGUGUCGAGUCCCACUAUCAAAGACAAGCCUGUACAAAUCCGUCCAUGGAACCUGAACGACAGUGAUUUUGUCAUGGAUGGCUCUCAGCCUCUGGAUCCCAGGAAAACCAUCUUUGUUGGAGGAGUGCCACGACCUCUUCGAGCAGUGGAGCUGGCUAUGAUUAUGGACAGGCUGUAUGGAGGGGUGUGUUAUGCUGGCAUUGACACUGACCCCGAGCUGAAAUACCCUAAGGGAGCUGGACGUGUGGCCUUCUCCAACCAGCAGAGCUACAUCGCUGCCAUCAGCGCUCGAUUUGUGCAGCUGCAGCAUGGCGAAAUCGAUAAACGGGUGGAAGUGAAGCCAUAUGUCUUGGAUGACCAGCUGUGUGAUGAGUGCCAGGGUACACGCUGUGGGGGCAAGUUUGCACCCUUCUUCUGUGCCAAUGUCACCUGUCUGCAGUACUACUGUGAAUACUGCUGGGCAGCCAUACAUUCGCGUGCAGGGCGAGAGUUCCACAAGCCCCUGGUGAAGGAAGGAGGAGACCGGCCUCGCCAUAUCUCCUUCCGCUGGAACUGACCCGGCACACAGGAUGACUGACCUAGCAUACAUGCACUUUUCCUUUAUUUUGCUACAUUUUUUUUUAUUUAGAUUUCUUUUAAAAGUCUACAAAAUUUAAUUUAUAAUUUAUAAGUUUUUAAUUUUUGGAAAUAAUGACGAUAAAAGAAGUGUAAUCUCUGUUCUUUUUUAUUUUUUUUUAUUUUUGCCGGACCGCCUAAUAGGUCGGCCAAGCAUAGUAAAUAUCCCUAACUGACUGAA